UAGGGUUCUUGGCAGCUCAGAGAGAAAUUCCUAGCUAGGGCGCGGCAGCGGGUCAGUCCAUCGAUCGAUCGGCCGCGGCGAGAAUGUUCCGCAAUCAGUACGAUACGGAUGUGACGACAUGGAGCCCGGCGGGGCGGCUCCAUCAGGUGGAGUAUGCUAUGGAGGGCGUGAAGCAGGGAAGCGCGGCAGUGGGGCUCAAGUGUAAGACUCAUGUUGUUCUGGCGUCGGUGAACAAGGCGUCGUCGGAGCUCUCCUCGUACCAGAAGAAGCUGUUCAAGAUCGAUGAGAAUAUCGGCGUGGCUAUGGCGGGGAUUAUCGCCGACGGACGAGUGCUGUGUAAGUUCAUGAGAUCCGAGUGUAUUUACCACCAGUUCGUGUUUGAGGCGCCUCUCCCCGUGAGCCGCCUCGUUGUUCAAGUGGCAGACAAAGCCCAGGUUUGCACGCAGAGAUCUUGGAAACGACCAUACGGCGUUGGCCUGCUCGUAGCGGGACUCGACGAAGCUGGUCCACAUCUCUACUACAAUUGCCCGUCCGGGAACUACUACGAGUACUACGCCUUCGCAAUCGGGUCGCGCUCGCAAGCCGCCAAGACAUACUUGGAGAGAAGGUUUGAGACUUUCAAGGACUGCUCCCGGGACGAGCUCAUCCGCCACGCACUCCUGGCCGUCAAGGAGUCCUUGCAGGACGAGGAACUCAAGAGCACCAACUGUGGGAUUGCCGUCGUGGGAGCCGACGAAGACUUCCACAUCCUCGACGGCGAGACUCUCCAAUCUUUCAUCGACACCUUGGAGGACAACAAAGCCGAAGCCAAAGAAGCAGCUCCAGAGGAUCCCGCGUCUACUUCCGGUGGUGGUGAAGCCGGUCCCAGUGCAGGAGCAGCAGAAGAACCACCGGCCGAGGCGACUCCAAUGGAUAUGUGAUUCACACACGGACGGCAUCUUUCAGAUCAGGGACUUAACUUUUUUCUUUUGAUUCUGGUUAUAUUUCAUACAUUUUCUUUCUUCUUGCGUGCUUCUCUCAGGAAACCCGGACACGCCUCCAAAGCGUUUCUAGCCGAUUUCCUUCUUCUCUGAACUUGAGAGCUCCAGGCCAGUUCUUUUGAGCAAUCUGUUUGCUAACGCUUUGUUGACGCCUCUUCCAGUGGCGGCCUGGAAAUAAAUGUUGGACAGCAGCAGAUAAGACGCCUUUUGCUGAGGAUCCAAGUUGAAAGCC